GCACUCUCGCACCGACGUCGCUGCGGGUCUGGCUUUCCUUGUCGGGACGCGCGGGUCGCCUGGAGGCGCCGGAAGGGCGUGCACGGCUGGGGGCCCUGAGGCCGCGGGGUCGCGCGGUCCUGGUCGCGGCGUCGCGGUGCGGGCCCCUCGAACUUGAUGAUGAGUGGAACUACAGGUGAUAAUGAAGGUUGUCCCUUCUGAAGAGAAAUGUGAGAGCUGUUACAGGGAAAGCUGCAGUGUUAUUAUGCAGGAAACUGCCAAGAUAAACUUUAAAAUUGCUUGUUGAAGAAAAAAUUUUGAGAUUAUGAUUGGAGUUGAAUUAACUAUAAAAAUCAUUUGGGGUCACAUUAUCUUUAUAAUAUGAAGUCUUUCUAUCCCAGAAUAAGUCUACAGAUCCUGGUUCCUCACAAGUAAGCCUGCUCAUGUGAGAUAAGAAGGGAAUUUCUGGAAUCAAGAAUUCAUUCUCAGUGUAGAAGACCUUGCCACGACCUCACUCCAGAGCUUUGAAACAGAGGCAAAAGGGACACAGAAUAGAACAGAUCACAGCUUUGUUAAUCAUCUCACACAGACAACAGACAAUGAACAUGCUGCAGGUUGACAGUUAUACAAAUGGAAAGAUGGAAGAAUGCACAAUGGCAUUUUGUCACACAAAAUAUGCAAAGAUGGGGGCAUAGAAUCAUUUUCAUUUGAAGAUUUAUCUGUAGACUUCACCCAAAAGGAAUGGCAGCUGUUGGAUCCCUAUCAGAAGAAUUUAUACAAGGAUGUCAUGUUGGAGAACUAUAGUAGCCUAGUGUCACUGGGAUAUGAAGUUAUGAAACCAGAUAUCAUCUUCAAGUUGGAGCAAGGAGAAGAGCCAUGGAUAGGAGAUGGAGCAGUCCCAAGUUCAGACUCUCCAGAAGAAGCCUGGCAAGUAGAUGGUCAUGUGAUGUGGCACCGGGAUAACCAAGACAAGCUUAAAAAUAUGCAAAGGAUUCUUGAAUGUGAUGCAUUUGGAACAAAAUUCAAUCUAAAUAUGAACUUUGUUCCUUUAAAGAACUCAAACAAUGAAGAUAACUUAGAUGGCUUGAUUUUAAAACAUCAUUUAGAUUUGCUUAUUCCAAAAGCAGAUUGUAGAAAAACAGAAUCAGAGGACUUUAAUGUAUUUGAUAAAUUGUUUCUCCCUUCCAAGCCUGAGAAACCUGAUACUUGGUUAGAAUACUAUGAAUGUGAUAAAUAUGAUAAAGACAUCUAUAAAAAGUCACAGAUUGUCAUAUAUCACAGAACUCGUUUAGGGGAGAAACUCUAUGAAUGCAGUGAAUGUAGGAAACGUUUCAGUAAGAAAUCAAGUCUCAUUAAACAUCAGAGUAGGCAUAUAAGAGAAAUAGCCUAUGGCUGUGGUAAAUGUGGCAAAACCUUUCCUCAGAAGUCACAGUUUGUUACCCAUCACAGAACUCAUACAGGAGAGAAACCUUACAAUUGUAGCGAGUGUGGAAAAGCCUUCUCCCAAAAGUCACAGCUCACAUCCCAUCAGAGAACACAUACGGGAGAGAAACCAUAUGAGUGUGGAGAGUGUGGGAAAGCCUUCUCCCGGAAGUCACAUCUCAUAUCACAUUGGAGAACGCACACAGGAGAAAAACCCUAUGGAUGCAAUGAAUGUGGGAGGGCCUUUAGUGAAAAGUCAAACCUCAUUAAUCAUCAGAGAAUUCAUACAGGAGAGAAGCCUUUUGAAUGCAGAGAAUGUGGGAAAGCUUUCAGCAGGAAGUCACAACUCGUUACACAUCACAGAACUCACACAGGAACAAAACCCUAUGGGUGUAGUGAUUGUAGAAAAGCCUUCUUUGAGAAGUCAGAGCUCAUUAGACAUCAGACAAUUCAUACUGGAGAGAAACCCUAUGAGUGCAGUGAAUGUGGGAAAGCAUUUAGAGAGAGGUCAAGUCUCAUUAAUCACCAGAGAACUCAUACAGGAGAGAAGCCUCAUGGAUGCAUUCAGUGCGGGAAAGCCUUCUCCCAGAAAUCACAUCUCAUAUCACAUCAGAUGACACACACAGGAGAAAAACCCUUCAUUUGCAGUAAAUGUGGGAAAGCCUUCAGUAGGAAAUCCCAGCUUGUUAGACAUCAAAGAACUCAUACGGGAGAAAAACCCUAUGAAUGCAGUGAAUGUGGGAAAGCUUUCAGUGAAAAAUUAAGUCUGACUAAUCAUCAGAGAAUUCAUACUGGAGAAAAACCCUAUGUAUGCAGUGAGUGUGGGAGAGCCUUUUGUCAGAAGUCACAUCUCAUAUCACAUCAGCGGACACAUACAGGAGAGAAACCCUAUGAAUGCACUGAAUGUGGGAAAGCCUUUGGUGAGAAGUCAAGUCUUGCAACUCAUCAAAGAACUCAUACAGGAGAAAAACCCUAUGAAUGCAGGGACUGUGAAAAAGCCUUUUCCCAGAAGUCACAGCUAAACACACACCAGAGAAUCCACACAGGAGAGAAACCCUACGAAUGCAGUUUUUGUAGAAAAGCCUUCUUUGAGAAGUCAGAGCUUAUCAGACACCAGAGAACUCAUACAGGAGAAAAACCUUAUGAAUGCAGUGAAUGUAGAAAAGCCUUCAGGGAGAAGUCAAGUCUCAUUAAUCAUCAGAGAAUACACACAGGAGAGAAACCCUUUGAAUGCAGUGAAUGUGGCAAAGCCUUCUCUCGGAAGUCACACCUCAUACCACAUCAGAGGACACAUACAGGUGAGAAACCUUAUGGUUGCAGUGAAUGUAGGAAGGCCUUCUCUCAGAAAUCACAGCUUGUUAAUCAUCAGAGAAUUCAUACCGGAGAGAAGCCUUAUCAAUGUAAUGAAUGUGUGAAAGCCUUCUCACAGAAGUCACAGCUCAUUAAUCAUCAGAGAACUCAUAAAGUAAAGAAAUCCUAGGAAUGUAAUUAAUAUGAGUCUGACAUCAUAACAGUUGUACUUCAGAAAAUGCAGUUUAAUUUUUCAGAUAAUAGUCACAUCAUAUAAUAUGUCAGAGCAGUCCUUUUAAGUGGGGAACUCUAUUAUGUAGGGAAAACUUUCAGCAAAUAAACAUGCUUGUAUAUCAGAAUUGAUAGGGUAUAAUGUACUUAUGAAUGAAUGCAGUGUUUCUCAAAACCCUUUGAAACCACAAUUGAGCCUUAUACAGUAGAAAAUUCACAGCAAAGAGGAGUCCUGUGAAUAUUGCAAAUAUCCAAAACCCAUCCAGUGGUCAAAUCUUAUAAACUAUCAGAAAUAUUCCCACUGGUGAUGAGGAGAAAUCCCAUGAAUAUAGCAAGUGAGGCAAUAUUUUUAUUAAUAAAUCACAGUUCAUUGUACAUAAGAAAAUGCCCUUAGGAAUGAAAUUCUGUGACGCUUCUAAAUACAGGAUAAGUAAUCGAAUAUAUUGUAUUUUAGAAAAUUCAUAUUGUGGAUAAACCUAAUAAUUGAAAGACAUUGGAAACAUAUGCCCCUUGAAAUAAUACUAUAAAGGGAAGCCAUAUUCUUUCUGUAGAUAUGUGUAUGAAAAAUACCCAAUUCUAAAUGGUUGACAGAUGUUCCUUCUGAAGUAUAAAGAUUUAAAAAUAUAUGAAUAAAUUGGUCAUUGAAACAUCUGAGUAAGAAAUUUCUUACUGGUAUUUAUGGUUUAUUUUCCUGUGUUGCAUAAUACGUUUUGUAUUUUAGGAUUGCAUAUAAUGUAAUUGCGAGCAUGAAAUGCAUAUACCUUAUAGUGCCUAUGAUGUCUGUCAAAA